GUAAAGCAUGCUCCUCCCUCUCUCAUUUCACAAGCCACUGGAUGCGAGGUGAGCACGGAGCGGCACGGUAGAAGGUUUACCAAAAUGGCAGAACUCUCGUUUGCCGUGAUUUGCUCUAGCAACAUGAAUCGCAGCAUGGAAGCUCAUGCUUUUCUGAGUAAAAAGGGAUUCAAUGUGCGAUCCUUCGGAACUGGAGAUAAAGUGAAGCUCCCAGGCCCUGCGCCUGACAAACCCAACUGUUAUGAGUUUGGAACCUCCUAUGAUGAUAUCUACAACGAUCUCUUGAAGAAAGAUAAGACUCUAUAUACUCAAAAUGGUCUCCUCCAUAUGUUAGACAGAAAUAGAAGAAUCAAACCAGAUCCUGAACGAUUUCAAAUUAGCAAAGACAAAUUUGAUAUCAUUAUUACCUGUGAAGAGAGAGUUUAUGAUCAAGUUCUUGAAUGCUUAGAAGCAAGAAUUCCAGAAGAAAACACUCCAGUCCAUGUCAUUAACAUAGAUAUUCAAGACAACCAUGAGGAGGCCACCAUUGGUGCUUUCAUGAUCUGUGAGCUGGCUGCUUUGCUGUCUGGAACUGAAGAUUUGGAUAAUGAUAUUGAUGAAUUGCUUCAUGAAUUUGAGACAAAAUGCCAAAGGAAUGUUCUUCAUUGCGUACAGUUUUAUUGAACAAAAGACUUUGAGAUGUGGGCCUCAGGGGAUACUUCCUGAUAUUUCAUUCCUGAAUAUCAAAUUGUGCUCUGAUAUAUAUAUAUAUAUAUAUAUAUAUAUAUAUAUAUAUAUAUAUAUAUAUAUAUAUAUAUAUAUAUAUAUAUAUAUAUAUAUAUAUAUAUAUAUCUGUGUGUGUGUGUGUGUGUGUGUGUGUGUGUGUGUGUGUGUGUGUGUGUGUGUGUGUGCGCGCUAUGUAUAGUAUGUACACACUAGAUCCUUGUUAUAUGUAUCUUUUGACAAGAGAAAUUCACAGUUAUGCAACAAACUUAUUUUUAUCAGAUAUUAAUUUUAUGAGAAAAUUAGAACUUGUCAGUACUGACAAGAAGUCAGGUUUUACACCCAUCCAUGUUCAUCUAAAAUUAUAUAUAUUUAUCAGACAUAAUUUGAUGCACUGAAUAUCUUGUAAUUAUGCACUAGUGAAAGAUGUUUAACUAAUCAUUAUUUCUUUUCUAGAACUGAUUUACAAGGAAAUAAAUUACUAAGUUAUGGUGCAUCUACUUGAGAAACAUGACUAUCAUCAUCGCACAUAACACGUUAUAAAAAAUUUCUUGAUUCAGUGUAUAUGUUUUCUUAAUUUAAAAUCAUACAGAUGAAAAUGUAAAUUUUUGUGUAAAGAAUUCUUGGCAGAUGAAUACAUUGUUAAGUUGGCUAACUCCACUUUUUUGGUUGUGAAUAAAAAAAAAUAUUUUAAUGACAUUUUCAGAUGAAUGUGUUCUCUCAUUCAUGUGAGUCACUUCUUGCAUUUCUCCUUUCUUGUAUAUUUCAGAAUUUAUGUAUUGUAACUUUGGUCUCUUCUGUAGUUUUGCUACUGAAUUAUUGCCUGUCUCAUCUUUCUCUUAGGUACUGUAGUCUUAUAGUUUACUGUCUUCCCCCUUUUAUGAGCAGGGCACCACUUACAAGAACUUGUGAGGCUUGAUAAAAUUGUUACUCUGAUCUAUUCACAAGGAGUUACUGCAAAUCAGUUAUAUCGCAUAUUGUUAUAAAUAAGCCUGAACAAAGGAUGCAGAUAAGAUCAUAAACAUUGUCUUUCUCAGUUGAUAAAAUCACAUGAACAGCUUAUGAAUGGACCACGGACAGAGCUUGAUGCAGUCUUCAACAUCAACCUACAGAUAGGAAAGUUGUGUCUGACAAAAAAACAACUUGCAAUGGAAUGAAGCCAAUUUAUAUUUAUGUUGGACAACAAUAAAACCUAAGCCAUUUACCAUCAGUACAAAUAGUGAGACAAGCCUACAUACAUAAUACUUUUUAAGAUUGUAUUGGCAUAGUCAUAUAACAAAAAAAGUACAUGCAAUAUAUCCUCCAUUGAUCAUGUCAUUAUAAUAAUUUCUUGUAUCUAUGCUUUUGGUGUAUAAAUACAGAUUAUUAUGGAAUGGGAUUAUCCGUAUUAUUAGUAUGAAAAUUGAUAGUUAUAAAUAAGAAAUUUAAGAAUUUAAAUAAUUCACAUUGUGUAGUUUUCAUGGAACACACUGCUCAUAAUGAGGAUCAAAUGUGUGUGUGUGUGUGUGUGUGUGUGUGUGUGUGUGUGUGUGUGUGUGUGUGUGUGUGUGUGUGUGUGUUUGGUGAAUUACUAUGUUAUAUUUUUAAAAAAAGGUUACAGCUCCGUAAUCUUGGUAUAUUUCAUUCUGAUCUAUGUUAAUGUAAAAGAUUUUAAAAUUAGUGAAGGCUUACAUAGUUUCAAAGAAGUUCACAUUUUUCUUCAAGCAUAGCCUAACAUGGGCCUAUCCUUAUUUACUUUAUAUUAAAAAUAUUUUUUAUCAAUUACAUUAUCUUGAUGCUUAAGAUUGUACCACAUUACAUUACACAUUAUAUGAAUUUCUUUUAGUAUAACUGGAGACAUACUUGAUUAUUAUCUUGUAUAAUCUUGUUAUGUAAACAUGACUCUAUUUCUAAUUGUAAUUUCAGCAAAUACAUAUUACAAUCAUUUCUA